AUGUCUGACAGGCCUCGGGAAUACUCUUCGAACCGCUCACCGCGCUACUCUACUCUCAAUCGAGACGCCAGACCAUCGCGACGAUCCGAAUCUCCUCGUUCAGAGACAAGGUACAAGAGUGGGACGCGAAGUCCGUCCGUUGAUCGCAUCUCGGGCCGGCGCAAUGGCGCUCGAUUCACAAGCAGGUCUCGAUCUCGAACGCAUUCUCGGAGUCGAAGUCGGAGUCAGACCUCAAGGUUAUAUGGAAAGGAAGGUUACAGCCGGUCGCCUAGUCCCUCACUCGCCUUGCCCCGAAGCUCCAAGAUUGUUGUAGAAAGACUCACCAAAAAUGUUACCGAAUCACAUCUACAUGAGAUCUUCGGGGGGUUCGGAGAGAUACAAAAUCUCGAUUUGCCCAUGAAUAAAGCCUUCAUGACCAAUAGAGGCACUGCCUACAUCCUAUACCAUGACCCUGCUGAUGCAGAGGCCGCCAUCGCACACAUGCACGAAGCGCAGCUAGACGGUGCUGUCAUAAGUGUGUCCAUUGUCUUGCCCAGGCGAGCGUUCUCGCGCUCGCCGCCGCCACAAAGUCAAGGCAACAUAGGAAGCUUCGGCCGUCAGAGCCAGGGCCAUGGCCCUUCGCCCUUAGACAGUCGUGCUUCCCGCCGUUCGCCGUUCCCGCAAAGGUCAACGUCACCACGAAGGGCCCGGCGUUCGCGGCCCAUGGAUAGGCAUGAUAUCUAUCGGCCACGCUCUCCUUCGCGCUCUCGAUCACCACGCCGCUCCAGAUCAUAUUCCUCAAGAACUCCCUCGGUAUCACCGAAAGGACGGAUGCCACACCCACGAGUGGACACUCCUCGUCGUCGACGUCGCAGUCCCAGCUACAGCAGUUAUGAGUACAGCAGUCGCAGUGAUAAGAGUCGGAGCCCGAGUCAGACCAGAGACCGUUAUCGGCAUGAUACCACACGGUAA